CUGAGUUGAAGCGAAGUUGUACCGAUUUUAGACCGGAGUCAGCAAUCACGGCUGUUUAGUCUGCAGCCGCGCAGAGCAAGGGAGGAAGAAGGCUCGCUCCGGGAAAGAGCCACUGCAGACUCGGCGGCCCCCUGCCGCAGAUGGAUUCCGGCUGCACGCGCGGAGAAGCGCGGAGGUGACGCUCGGCCGCUGCGCGGAGGACGAGCAGCCACACCGACGCGAGGACCGGACUCCACGCCGACGGCAUCUGCAAGUCGUGACAGGGUGUGUAUGCAACAAAAGUUCGCGGGCUGUUAAUUGCUGUGCUGUGCUACUAAGAGCCGCUUUCAAGUUCCAAGUGCCAAAUGUAGCUUAGCUUUAAGUUGCCAAAGGAAGUUGAGGGCAUUGCUUUGCUGUUUUAACUUGCUCCGUGAGAGGAGCCUCCUGAGCUGACCGCUGUACCAAACGACUGCUAAAAUGCACUUUAGAUUUGCUUUUGCACUCCUGAUGGUAUCUUUCCACUCCGCGGUGUUGGGCAAGAAUCUGAAAUACAGGAUUUAUGAGGAGCAGAGGGUUGGCUCAGUCAUUGCAAGACUAUCGGAGGAUGUGGCUGAUGUGUUAGUGAAGCUACCGUAUCCUUCUACUGUUCGCUUCCGAGCCAUGCAAAGGGGAAAUUCUCCUCUCCUGGUUGUAAAUGAGGAUAAUGGGGAAAUCAGCAUCGGGGCGAAAAUCGACCGUGAACAACUAUGCCAGAAAAACUUGAACUGUUCCAUAGAGUUUGAUGUGAUCACUUUACCCACGGAGCAUCUGCAGCUUUUCCAUAUUGAGGUUGAAGUGCUGGAUAUUAAUGACAAUUCUCCCCAGUUUUCUAGAGCUCUCAUUCCUAUCGAGAUAUCCGAGAGCGCAGCAGUUGGGACUCGUAUCCCCCUGGACAGUGCAUCCGACCCGGAUGUUGGGGAAAAUUCCCUGCACACCUACUCUCUCUCUGCCAACGAUUUUUUUAAUAUCGAGGUCCGGACCCGGACCGAUGGAGCCAAGUAUGCAGAACUCAUAGUGGUCAGAGAGCUGGAUCGCGAGCUGAAGUCGAGCUAUGAGCUCCAGCUUACUGCCUCCGACAUGGGGGUGCCUCAGAGGUCUGGCUCGUCCAUACUGAAAAUAAGCAUUUCAGACUCCAAUGACAACAGCCCUGCUUUUGAGCAGCAGUCUUAUAUAAUACAACUCCUAGAAAACUCGCCGGUGGGCACUUUGCUCCUUGACCUGAACGCCACCGAUCCAGAUGAGGGCGCUAAUGGGAAAAUUGUCUAUUCCUUCAGCAGUCAUGUGUCUCCCAAAAUUAUUGAGACUUUUAAAAUUGAUUCGGAAAGAGGACAUCUGACUCUUUUCAAGCAAGUGGAUUAUGAAAUCACCAAAUCCUAUGAGAUUGAUGUUCAGGCUCAAGAUCUGGGUCCCAAUUCCAUCCCAGCUCAUUGCAAAAUUAUAAUUAAGGUGGUGGACGUCAAUGACAACAAGCCUGAAAUCAGCAUAAACCUCAUGUCCCCUGGAAAAGAAGAAAUAUCUUAUAUUUUUGAAGGGGAUCCCGUUGAUACGUUUGUUGCUUUGGUCAGGGUUCAGGACAAGGACUCUGGGCUGAAUGGCGAAAUAGUUUGUAAGCUUCACGGACAUGGUCACUUUAAACUUCAGAAGACUUAUGAAAACAAUUAUUUGAUCUUGACGAAUGCCACUCUGGAUAGAGAAAAGAGAUCUGAAUACAGUUUGACAGUAAUCGCUGAGGACAAGGGGACACCCAGUCUCUCUACAGUAAAACAUUUUACUGUUCAAAUCAACGAUAUAAAUGACAAUCCACCCCACUUCCAGCGAAGUCGAUAUGAAUUUGCGAUCUCAGAGAAUAACUCGCCAGGGGCCUAUAUCACCACGGUGACAGCCACAGAUCCUGAUCUUGGAGAAAAUGGGCAAGUCACAUAUACUAUUUUGGAGAGUUUUAUCCUGGGAAGUUCCAUAACGACAUAUGUCACCAUUGACCCAUCUAAUGGGGCCAUCUAUGCCCUCAGAAUCUUCGAUCAUGAAGAAGUGAGUCAGAUCACUUUUGUGGUGGAAGCAAGAGACGGAGGAAGUCCGAAGCAACUGGUAAGCAACACCACCGUGGUACUCACCAUCAUUGAUGAAAAUGACAACGUGCCUGUGGUCAUAGGGCCUGCGCUGCGCAACAAUACUGCGGAAAUCUCCAUCCCCAAAGGGGCUGAGAGUGGCUUUCACGUCACAAGAAUAAGGGCCAUCGACAGAGACUCUGGCGUGAAUGCUGAACUCAGCUGCUCCAUAGUUGCAGGUAAUGAGGAGAAUAUCUUUCUAAUGGACCCCCGAUCAUGUGACAUCCAUACCAAUGUGAGCAUGGACUCUGUUCCCUACACAGAAUGGGAGCUCUCGGUUAUCAUCCAGGACAAAGGCAAUCCUCAGCUGCACACCAAAGUCCUUCUGAAGUGUGUGAUCUUUGAAUAUGCAGAGUCAGUGACAAGUACGGCCAUGACCUCAGUCAGCCAGGCAUCCCUGGAUGUCUCCAUGAUUAUAAUUAUUUCCUUAGGAGCAAUCUGUGCAGUCUUGUUGGUUAUCAUGGUGCUGUUUGCAACUCGGUGUAACCGAGAAAAGAAAGACACCAGAUCCUACAACUGCAGGGUAGCAGAGUCCACUUACCAGCACCACCCCAAAAGACCCUCCAGGCAGAUUCACAAAGGAGACAUCACAUUGGUGCCCACCAUAAAUGGCACUCUACCCAUCAGAUCUCAUCACAGAUCGUCUCCAUCUUCAUCUCCUACCUUAGAAAGGGGGCAGAUGGGCAGCCGACAGAGCCACAACAGUCACCAGUCCCUCAACAGCUUGGUGACAAUCUCAUCAAACCACGUGCCAGAGAAUUUCUCAUUAGAACUCACCCAUGCCACUCCUGCGGUUGAGGUCUCCCAGCUUCUUUCAAUGCUUCAUCAGGGGCAGUAUCAGCCGAGGCCAAGUUUUCGAGGAAACAAAUAUUCUAGGAGCUAUAGAUAUGCCCUUCAAGACAUGGACAAAUUUAGCUUGAAAGACAGUGGCCGUGGUGACAGUGAAGCAGGAGACAGUGAUUAUGAUUUAGGGCGAGAUUCUCCAAUAGAUAGGCUGCUGGGUGAAGGAUUCAGCGACCUGUUUCUUACAGAUGGAAGAAUCCCAGCAGCUAUGAGGCUCUGCACGGAGGAGUGCCGGGUGCUGGGCCACUCGGACCAGUGCUGGAUGCCGCCGCUGCCCUCGCCGCCCUCCGACUACAGAAGCAACAUGUUCAUCCCGGGGCAGGAGUUCCCCGCCCAGCCCCAGCAGCAGCACCCUCACCCGAGCCUCGAGGAUGACCCCCAGCCUGCAGAUCCUGGGGAGAAGAAGAAGAGUUUUUCCACCUUUGGGAAGGACUCCCCGAGCGACGAGGACGCCGGGGACUCCAGCACGUCGUCCCUGCUCUCGGAAAUGAGCAGCGUGUUCCAGCGCCUCCUGCCCCCGUCCCUGGACGCCUAUCCCGAGUGCAGCGAGGUGGAUCGCGCCAACUCGCUGGAACGCAGGAAAGGACCGUUGCCGGCCAAGGCCGUGGGCUACCCACAGGGCGUGGCGGCCUGGGCGGCCAGCACACACUUUCAGAACCCCACGGCCAGCUCGGGGCCCCCGCUGGGAACGCACUCCAGCGUGCAGCCCUCCUCCAAGUGGCUGCCGGCCAUGGAGGAGAUCCCCGAAAAUUACGAGGAAGAUGAUUUCGACAACGUCCUCAACCACCUCAACGACGGGAAACAUGAACUCAUGGAUGCCAGCGAGCUGGUGGCGGAGAUCAACAAACUGCUGCAAGACGUGCGCCAGAGCUAGGCGGUUUCAGCGGAGCGCUUUUGUUUCCAUAUAUUAAUGUGUGGAAGGAAGGGACAGAGAGAACCCUGCAAGAACUGGCAUUGCCAAAUAGUUGCAUUUAUCAUAAAUGUGUCUGUGUAUAUUGGAUAUUAAAUACUGUAUUUUCGUAUGUACACAAUGCAAGUGUGAUUAUUUUAAUCUGUAUUUUAAAAAUACAUUUGUACCUUAUAUUUAUGUGUAAUUUAACAGACAAAUUUUAUUUUUUUACUCCCAUGACAAACAUGUCUUUUUCCUAAUCACGUAGAAAAUAGCCCCUGUUCAAAUCUGAUAUACUCUUCAACCACAACGUAUAAAGGCACUGCUUAGGUUAGUUAUGUUGGGGAAGAAGUUGUUACGCUGUACGGACAGCCCCACGAAAGCCUUGUAGAAUUCUUAGUUCUUUUAAGUGAUCCAACUUUUUUUUUCAAUACUUUUUUUUUUAAUUAAGCAUCAAUAAAAAUGUUAAACUUUUAUUAUUAUUGUUGUUAUUACUUUUACUGCUCUCUGCUCAUUCUGAUACUUCAAGCCUUACAGCAAAAUUGAAACCCAAGGUGAAAUUUUAUUUCAGAGCUGGGCAGUAUCUUUCGCAGUCAGUGAUGAGAAUAGGAUCAGAGUCAAUGUUUCCUAACUCCCAGGCCCCUGCGAUUCCAGGGCAUCACACUGGCCUCCUCUUGCGAAUGUUUCCCCUGAAGUAUUAUUGUCGAUUUAUAAGCAAGGCAAACGAUGAUUUCAUUCCAUUCUUGUAACAGGAGAUGUGUUCCAAGGAAAUGGAAUCUGUUCUUUAAAUGGAUAACAGUAUGUGUUCUAACAGCAUGAAGUGCUCAUGGACAGAGACCCUUCAAGGGCAGUAAAUACAACUGAGUUAUUCUGAAACCAUUGUAUUUGCAUCUUCCCCUUUCCUCUCAGGAUACUUGAACAUUUUUAUCUUUUACAUUUUUAUUUUUAUUCUUUUGCUAUGACUAUUCACUUUUAGCUUUUGUCUCCAGUGCAUGAUCUCAUAUUUUUGUUUUUAUUUUUAGUAUAAGAACAUUUAUAAAAUUACAUUUUUUGCUAUGGCAAUUCUGUUUUGUUGUGUGACAAAUGACAAAUUCUUUAUUUAUUGUGCUGUUAUCACUCUGUGUGGAAUGCUUUGGUAAGGGAGACCGUUAUUAUGACUGUUCUCAUUUAUGACCAAGCUUCUAUUAAUGUUAUUUCUAUGAAUACACUAUCUUGAUUGUACUCUCCAGAAAGUUUUACUGUCAAUGGAAAUAAAAGAAAAAUUAAAACUAAAGAACUGUCCAUAAAUCAGAGUCCUGUUCAUAUAUAU